CACUGAUGUCUAAUCUGGCGUCGUCUGCAGUGUUGGUGGAUUGGAGAAGUUGCGCCCUUCUGUGGGGAUGAGGGGAGGUUCGAUCCUCACGUCGCGGCACACCUCGCCAAGCAUUUGUGCAGUCACGUCCCUCACCUCGUCGUGGCGCAUGCAAACAAAGCCUCCCGUCUUGCACGUCAUGGCAUGGUUGGGGUCGAAAGCCGAACCGCACGUGCAGUGCUGGUGAAGGUCCUCUAUUGGCCAACCAUAUCUCAGGGCAAGAUGGUUAUCCAGAAAAUCUGCGGCUUCUGCGGGGACCCAGCCGUCUGCAUCACCUGCUGCAACUGCAACAAAAGCCACUACUGCUCCAAGGAUCAUCAGGAGCAACACUGGGACUGCCACAGAGAGCAGUGCCACCCUUUCCAGGAAGAAUGCGACCCUGAGCGCGGAAGAUACUUAGUGGCUACUCGAGACCUUAAACCUGGUGAGUUUCUCUUUUCGGAGUCGCCCGUCGCCCUAGGCCCGCUUGGCAGCUGCCGCCUUUUGUGCUUGGGCUGCCACGAGUUCAUCAAGGGAGAUGAGUUUGUCCGCUGCCCCGGGUGCUGGUGGCCCCUGUGCUCCGUCGGAUGCGCGUCCAGCAAGUUCCACGUCGACGAGUGCCCGAAGCUGGCGCAGGACACCAAACACAUUGGGCAGCCACCUUGUCAGGAAGAGACAGUUCGGUAUGACAUCAUACUUUCUCUGCGAUGCCUACUUUUGAAGUUCAAUGCUGCCGACAAAUGGUCUCGUGUGCAAGAUAUGGCAAGCCAUGCCCAGCGUCGCGUUGACAACAAAGACUACAGUCACAUUACAACGGUGCGCUACAUCACAGAAGUCCUGGGGGAUGAGUUUGAUGAAGAUGACGUUCACCAUGUGCAUGACGCAAUUGUGAGCAACUGCUUCGAAUGGCGGAGUCCUUCGCAAGUUCGACUUCGCGGGGUGUAUCCACUGAUGGCACGCAUGAAUCAUGCCUGCCUGCCGAAUGUCACCUUGUUUUCAGACCGAGAGGGCACAAUGUACGUUAGAAGCGCUUCUGCCAUAAAGUGCGGUGAAUCUCUUGUCAUCAAUUACGUGGGAACUAGUGUACCUUUCUGGGAACGACAGAGUUACACAAGAGAUGUCCAUUACUUCAAGUGCGAUUGCAUUCGCUGCGAAGACCCCACUGAGCUGGGCCUUCAUUAUUCUUCCCCAAAGUGUGAGAACUGUCGAGACCAGUUUAUGGAGCCAAACACGUGGCUCGGCGAAAUCAAGUGGGAGUGCCCGCUCUGUGGCUCCCGGGAGGAGGAAUCAGUCAUCCGCUACCAAGCCGAUGAGUGGUUAGCCUGGUUUGAUACAAAAGACACAUUUCUUAAGAGCACCCGCUAUUGUAUCAAAAGUGUUUUGGACAAGGUAAAAGCAGCAUUUCAUAACCAGCACUACGUGUGGGAGAAGGCGGCGCUUGUAGCCGUCCGGGCGCUCAAAGAAGAAACAAGCGUAGAAGGAAUUGCUCUCAUGCGCGAUCUGUGGCGGCGUCUCCUGAAGCUCUACGACGUGCUGGAGCCUGGCAUGACGCGCAGGAGAGGCGUCACGCUGUACGAGCUGGGGGUGUCGGAGGCUAACCUGGCCAACGCAGAAAUGAAAGCAGGGAAGCUGACCAGCUAUUUCUACAGGCGGCAGCUGGGCGAGGCGCUGGAGCACCUGGAGGAGGCUAGCGUGAUCCUGGCCCAGGAGCCUACGACCUCCAACGAGCGGCGCUGGCACACGCGCGCGGUGAACUCCGUCGAGGCUGUACACCAAACCCUCGCGCAAGAGGAAGCCGCCGGGCAGGCCGUCGUACGGGCACACUCGCAGGAAAGGAAUGUAAAGGCGCCUUGAUCUUUUCUGGUGUGGCGGGUGGAUCUCGUUAUCUGGGUGCCCUUGCUAUUGUUCAUAACAUGUCCUUUUGCUGCUACAGGCGUGACUCCGGGUCAGCGCUACAUUGGCAAACGCUAAAUUGAAAGUAGCGAACAAGGUUUAGAGAAAUAGACGAGUCAUACAUAUUUUAAGGCAUUAGACUUAUUGGAACAGAGCAGAAGUAUAUGUUAAAGUGAGGUUCAUAUAUUUUUUUUCAGAUAUUUGAUUUCAGAGGUUGCCGCAAUUUCCGAAAGUGGAUUUACUUUAAAACAUCACAUACUUGUAUAAUUUUAGAGGUUCAUUGUGAAAAUCCCGACAUCAUCACCAACUGAAUUUUGAGAAUAGUAGCGAGCCAUGACUCCUCUCCCCACGCGGCCACGGCGUGAACCUUAGGAUCCCCUGCAGCAGCAAUAUUAACAGUGUUUUGCAUGAGGUUCGCUUUUCGCUCGAGUUGCAGCCGAUCACCGAAUUUUGUAUCGUUGAAUAAAGCUGGAUUUAUCCUUACGGUUGCAAGCACAAUAAAUGCACAAUUCUUAUCCUUUCCAUAUUCAAUAUAAAAUAAUAUACUCCCUUCCGAAUUGCAGUUUUUCAAACUUUAACAAAUAAGUCUUUGCGAACCGAGGGCCGAGUCUGAUGGUGUAAUCUUUUGGUGCAUCUAGCAUUCCUGUUAUCAGUAUUGUUAUCACUAUUAUAUUAGUAUUAUUAUCAUUAUUAUUAUUAUUAUUAUUAUUAUUAUUAUCA